AUGGGCUGGGUACACAAUGCUUCCCCAGAGAUCGACGCCCAGUCCAGGUAUCCCCUCAUUCUGGGGGUUUGCAUUACCCUGACGGUCUUGAUGGUCAUCACCGUUUGUCUGCGACUCUUCGUGCGUAUCAAACUUGGGAGAUUCGGCGCUGCCGACUACGUGAUGGUGUUUGGAAUGAUAUUCAGUAUCGUCUACAAUGCUCUUUGUAUAUCUCAAAGCCGAUAUGGACUGGGACUACCACUGGCGUUGCGGCCAAAGGCGGACCUCAGAACAUACACAAAGCUCAACUACGCCGGUCGGCCCUUCUACCAACUCGGAAUCGCCGGUUUCAAAGCCGCGCUGUGUAUCAACUACCUUCAUCUGCUCGCGAAAACCUCCAAGCGUUUCUACCGAAUGUUGAUAUGGGUGGUGAUCAUACUGUCGACCUUGGGACAUGUGGCUGGCACAUUGGUUCUGCUUGUGAACUGCAAGCCAGUAGAGCGGUCCUGGAAUCCGACCAUUUCCGGUAAAUGCCUUCCGGUAGGACCAACCUUCUACGGUCUUGCGGCCUUUACGAUCGUCUGUGAUGUCGUCGUCAUCUUCCUGCCGAUUCCAUUGUUACUGCAGUUGAACGUGAAACCAGCACAGAAGGCGGGCGUGGCAUGCUUGUUCCUGCUCGGACUGUUCACUACCCUCUGCUCCAUUCUACGUCUAACUCAGAUUCAUCGCGUGGUGGCUGUGGAUGGGGAUUCUACCAUGUUAGUCCUCUGGGGCACAAUCGAAUUCAAUGUCGGGAAUAUCGUCACCUCUCUUCCAUUCCUCACGCCCGUUCUCAAGAUGUUUGUGCGCGACUUUCGCUCCCGCAGUGCCAGCGAAUUUCGCAAGAACACCGGUUACUCCUUGCAAUCCUAUUCCAAAAACCGACACUCGCAAUUGAAAUCGGAACACUCCAAGGAGCCAGUCCCCGUUCAGCGAACGCCCAGCGAGGAGCUAAUCCUCGACACUGACGAUUCCAUUGCUCGAGCGAACGCCGAGAUCCACGUCACGGUCGAGUAUCGUGUCUCACACGAGAAUGAUAAAUGA